UGUUUAGGUGAAAAUUACAAACAGAUUAAAGUAGGCCAGCUACGUACACCGAUAGGUAUGAUUCAUUUAUCCGUAUCAUAUCGUACAAAAAUGACGAUUUCUCCUACACGAACUGGACGAGAUUUGAUAAUGUUAAAAAGUGAUCAUUUUCAUUCAGAUUUAUGCUCAGAAUAUACUCGAGAUCAAGAAAGCUUUAAGUUAUUAACUAAUACGAAAAAAGUUGGGGCAUUUGUUGAUAAUAAGCAAAUACUUUUGAAUGAAGAAAAUGAAUGUGAUCUUCCAUUAAGCUUACUUUUGACGCCACAGAAAACCCUCAAAUCUUUUCUACCUUCAGAGCUGAAAAAUACAUCACAAAAGCAAAUGGACUCAAGUAACCGAGAUGAGCAAACUUUCAAUAUCCUUGAGCGACGAUAUUACUCUCAAGAUGAAUCUAAAAAAAGUAGUUGCUCGACGAUAAGUGCGAAUGAUGAUUUUAUUUUGGUGGAUUUGAAAACUCCUUUUGCGGCCACUUAUACAAAAAGUGAUGUGGGUACUUUUUACCGAGAAUGUCAAUGUGCCCCACAGCUUCACGUUUAUAUAGCAGAACAAACAGUAGCAGAACAGUUAGGUGACCUCACUAAACAGUUGGAAGCCUUUGAAGUCGAUAUGCAUGUCUAUGAAGAUUUAUUAAAAUCACUUUGUAAACUAAAGCAUGUUAAUUGAGCUUGUAAAUAAACUUUUUUUUUUAUUAAA